UCCGUAAUUUCACCGGGAAAUAAAAACAUGUUUACAGUUUCUCUGGUUGAGAUGUGAUUGUCAUUUAGAUAAUCAUACUUAUGGUAAUACAUCACGAACUGCUGGUUGGGAUGGAUGACUGCGUAAAAACAUGAACUGGGAAGAGCUUGACUUAAAUCCACGAAUUAUAGCAGCUGUGAAGAGAGCUAAUGUCAAAUCAGCGAAAGAAAUUCUGAGCAUCUCGGGUCCUGAUCUACAGAGACUCACGAAGCUGUCAAAGGCUGACGUGCACCAUCUACAUACCGCUGUUGCUCAAGUUUACUGCAAACGCCCACCUGUCACAGCCCUACAGUUACUGCGUGGAGAGUGUCCCUCUUUGGAGCCAGGGCAUCGGCUCUCUUUUGGCUGUCCCGUCCUGGAUGCGCUGUUGCGCGGUGGCAUCCCAUUGUGUGGUAUAACGGAGUUAGCAGGAGAGAGUGGCGCUGGAAAGACCCAGUUUGGACUGCAGCUCUGCCUCUCUGUGCAGUAUCCAGUCGAGCAUGGCGGGCUUGGCUCAGGAGCCGUAUUUAUUUGCACCGAGGACUCCUUUCCGAUCAAGCGGCUUCGUCAGCUCAUCGCCCAACAGCCUCAUCUCCGAGAGGAUCUGCCAAAGGCUCUGGUGCGCAGCAUCCGCUUCAGUGACAACAUCUACAUAGAGCACACUGCAGACCUGAAAGCGCUGGAGACCUGUAUCAGACAGAGGGUGCCGGUGCUGCUGUCUCGAGGCCUGGUGCGUCUCGUGGUGGUGGACUCAGUGGCAGGACUGUUCCGGAACGAGUUCCAGGCGGACGAGACGAUCGAGAGGACACGGCACCUGCUGAGUUUCUCCAGCGUCCUCCACCGCCUCAGCCACACCCACCACACACCUGUGCUCUGCAUCAACCAGGUCACCGAUGUUAUAGACGGCCCAAACCCUGGAAGGUGUGAUUUUGGGCUGGUGGAGAGCCGGGUCCUUCCUGCUCUGGGCUUGGCCUGGGCCAAUCAGGUGAUGGUGCGGCUCAUGCUGCGGAGGCUGGGGGGUUGCGUGACGGCGGGCGAGCAGAGCUGCGUCCCUCGCCGCCUGGAGGUGGUCUUCGCCCCCCACCUGCCCCGGGACAGCUGCCUGUGCGGGGUCUGGCUGGAGGGGCUGAGGGGUGUCCCCCUUGGUGGGGACGCCCACGGAGAACCAGCUCCGUCUCCACAGCGACUGCUCCCUGACGGACAGGUCAGAGCCACCCACAGACCUGCGGCAGGAGCAGAGGGAGCAGGAGACACGUGACAAACCCGGGCGGAACGUUCCGGAAACCAAGAGGUCUGACGUAGCCAACACCUACACUAUCUCAGUCUCAGAGGUAGCCGAUAGAGGUGUUAGCAUUGCCCCCAGCCUUUGUAAACAGUGUCAGCAGAAGAAAUCAAUACUCGGAAGACUCAGGAUUUAGCAGUGCACAGCACAGAGGAUCAAUACCUCAGACAUUAUGAAAUGUAGAGCUGAUGAUACCAAUUUCAGGCUAAUAAAAUCUUCCCCACCAUCAAGAGUCCACCGAGUAACCAUGGCUGUUCAAAUCCCCCCCUAAGGCCUGAAGACUCAUCUGACUCCAUCCUCACAGACACAGGCGUAAUGAAAUGCAUGCAGUUUGCACUUUAAGCACUGUGAGUCACUCUGAUGACUAAGCUUACCUGCACCUAUAAAGCCAGGCAGAAACCGUAGAGGGGAAAGCACUGCCUGUUUUUAAGAGAGGGAGAAGAGCCCAUUUUUAAGAGUAAUGGUGCAGUAGUAGUUCACCAUCUCACUUUAUGUCCCUAAUACCACAAGACAUAAAGUUGUGAGAGGUAGUUUUUUUUUUUUUAUUGGCAAGUGUAAUUUAAAAUAGUUGUUUUUAUUGUCAUAGUGUUGAAGUUAUGAAUACUCAAAAGUACCUUAUGUGGUGCAUUCAUGCAUUGAAUAAACUUUUGUU